AUGAGUCCGGGCUGUGAGUCAGCAGACAGAUUAGAUGGGCGGACAAGAAGCACUCACCACCCCCAACCCUGCCCUAUCCAUCACUUCGUCACAACCCUGUCCUCACCAUCCCCAUGCCUCUCUGGCACCCACUUCGGUCACAUCACGAUAGAUGGCGACCGCGCAGGGUACGGCCUAAGCGAUGUGUCUCCGCGCGAACCUACAGCCCAGAACCGCGUGUAUGAAGUGACCCGGUUACCAGAGUCAUAUGGCGGUAUCUUGAUCCGGGAGUUUCUUCGCAUGCAUAUCAAGUCGAAAGUGGCGGGGAUGAUGGAGGGGUUUGUAGCAAAGAUUAUGGAAGAGGUUAAUGCUGGAUUGCUGCUGGGGUUUCAAGCGCUGGGUGAUGGACGAUUGAGCGUGGUGUUUGGAAUUCGAUCGGUGGAUUUUCGUAAAGAUUUGGAAUUUGGGUUUGCAAAUGGGUGUGGUACCGAGGAGGCGAGGAGAAAUCUUGCUGCGUGUCGGUUUGUCUAUGCGCAGAGGAAAGCCAUGGCGCAUAAUGUGCACUAUAUGGCCCCGGAGCGGAUUAGUGAUGAGGUUUUGUGGGUAUUGGGUCUGACGGGUCGGCAGUUUGAUGGUUAGGACUGCUCGCUAAUACGUAAGAGGAUAUAAUUAUUG